AUGCAACCUAUGGUCAUGCAGGGAUGCCCUUAUACCCUCCCACGAUGUCAUGAGUGGCGGGCAGCUGACAAGUUCCGUCACAGCAGCAGCCUGCGAAGCACCUGCCCCCAGCCUCAGGUUAGAGCUGCUGUCACUGCCCCUGCACCUCCUCGAGAUGGUACUGGGGUUCCCUGCCUAAGUCCAAAGCUGUUGAAUGGGUCUGUUGGUGCUGUUGGCCCCCUGGAACCACCAGCCAUGAAUCUGUGUUGGAAUGAAAUCAAAAAGAAGUCUCACAACCUUCGUGCUCGCCUAGAGGCCUUCUCAGACCACAGUGGAAAGCUUCAGCUCCCUCUCCAAGAGAUUAUUGACUGGCUCAGCCAAAAGGAUGAGGAGUUGUCAGCUCAGCUGCCCCUACAAGGGGAUGUGGCCCUGGUGCAACAGGAGAAGGAGACACACGCGGCCUUUAUGGAAGAAGUCAAGUCUCGGGGCCCCUAUAUCUACUCUGUGCUGGAGUCAGCUCAGGCCUUCCUGUCCCAACACCCAUUUGAGGAAUUAGAGGAGCCUCAUUCUGAGAGCAAAGAUACCUCCCCCAGACAGCGGAUCCAGAAUCUUAGCCGCUUUGUGUGGAAGCAGGCGACAGUGGCCAGUGAACUAUGGGAGAAACUGACAGCCCGCUGUGUGGACCAACACCGCCACAUUGAGCGCACUCUGGAGCAGCUGUUGGAGAUCCAAGGGGCAAUGGAGGAAUUAGGCACGACUCUGACCCAAGCUGAAGGAGUCCGAGCCACUUGGGAGCCCAUUGGGGAUCUCUUCAUUGAUUCACUCCCAGAGCACAUCCAGGCUAUUAAGCUAUUCAAAGAAGAAUUCUUGCCCAUGAAAGAUGGAGUGAAGUUGGUGAAUGAUCUGGCCCACCAACUUGCCAUUUCUGAUGUGCACUUAUCAAUGGAGAAUUCCCGGGCUCUGGAGCAGAUCAACAUCCGGUGGAAACAGCUACAGGUGUCAGUUGGUGAGAGGCUUAAGCAGCUCCAAGAUGCCCACCGGGACUUUGGGCCUGGGUCACAGCACUUCUUGUCCUCCUCUGUCCAGGUUCCCUGGGAAAGAGCAAUUUCACCUAAUAAAGUUCCCUACUACAUCAACCACCAGGCUCAGACCACAUGCUGGGACCAUCCCAAGAUGACAGAAUUAUACCAAACCCUAGCCGAUCUGAACAACAUUAAGUUCUCAGCUUAUCGCACUGCCAUGAAGCUCCGCAGAGUCCAGAAGGCCCUGCGCUUGGACCUGGUAACUUUAACCACAGCUCUGGAGAUCUUCAGUGAGCACGAUCUGCAGGCCAGUGAGCAUGUGAUGGAUGUGGUGGAGGUCAUUCACUGCCUGACUGCCUUAUAUGAACGGUUGGAGGAGGAAAGAGGCAUCCUGGUCAAUGUGCCACUCUGUGUGGACAUGAGCCUCAACUGGCUCCUCAAUGUUUUUGAUAGUGGUCGCAGUGGAAAGAUGCGGGCAUUGUCCUUUAAGACUGGCAUUGCAUGCCUCUGUGGCACAGAAGUGAAGGAAAAACUUCAGUACCUCUUCAGCCAAGUGGCCAACUCAGGCAGCCAGUGCGACCAGCGCCACCUUGGUGUCCUGCUUCAUGAGGCCAUUCAGGUGCCCCGUCAACUGGGUGAAGUGGCAGCCUUUGGGGGCAGCAAUGUGGAGCCCAGUGUCCGUAGUUGCUUCCGUUUUAGCACUGGGAAGCCAGUCAUUGAAGCUUCUCAGUUCCUGGAGUGGGUCAACUUGGAACCCCAGUCCAUGGUGUGGCUGGCUGUUCUGCAUCGGGUCACCAUUGCUGAGCAAGUAAAGCAUCAGACCAAGUGCUCUAUCUGUAGGCAGUGCCCCAUCAAGGGGUUCAGGUACCGGAGUCUGAAACAAUUUAACGUGGACAUCUGCCAGACCUGCUUCUUGACAGGCAGGGCCAGCAAAGGCAACAAGCUGCACUACCCCAUAAUGGAGUAUUACACGCCGACCACAUCCAGUGAGAACAUGAGGGACUUUGCCACAACUUUAAAGAACAAAUUCCGCUCAAAGCAUUAUUUCAGCAAACACCCUCAGCGAGGUUAUCUGCCUGUGCAAUCAGUUCUGGAGGCUGACUACAGUGAGACGCCGGCUUCUUCCCCGAUGUUGCCACAUGCUGACACACACUCCCGCAUUGAGCACUUUGCCAGCAGGCUUGCUGAGAUGGAAAGUCAGAAUUGCUCCUUCUUUAAUGACAGCCUGUCCCCAGAUGACAGCAUAGACGAGGACCAGUACCUGCUGCGGCACUCCAGCCCCAUCACAGACCGGGAGCCAGCCUUUGGACAGCAGGCUCUGUGCAGUGUGGCCACAGAGAGCAAGGGGGAGCUCGAGAAGAUCCUGGCCCACUUGGAAGAUGAGAACCGGAUUCUCCAGGGAGAGCUGAGGCGCCUGAAGUGGCAGCACGAGGAGGCUGCCGAGGCACCCACCCUGGCUGAGGGGUCCACUGAGGCAGCACAGGACCACCGUAAUGAGGAGCUUCUGGCUGAGGCCAGGAUUCUUCGGCAGCAUAAGAGCCGCCUGGAGACGCGCAUGCAGAUCCUCGAAGACCACAACAAGCAGCUGGAGUCCCAGCUGCAGCGCUUGAGGGAGCUGCUCUUGCAGCCAUCCACUGAAUCAGACGGCAAUGGUUCUCCAGGCUCGUCUCUAGCAUCCUCUCCACAGCAGUCAGAAGGCAGUCACCCCCGGGAGAAGGGACAGACUACUCCAGACACUGAGGCUGCAGAUGAUGUGGGGUCAAAGAGCCAGGAUGUCAGCUUGUGCUUGGAGGACAUCAUGGAGAAGCUCCGCCAUGCCUUCCCCAGUGUACGAAGCUCUGAUGUGACUGCCAACACACUGCUGGCCUCUUGA